ACAAAUGCAGUAAGAUGCUAGCUUUGGCGUUUUAAAAACUUAAGACGGUGUUCUUCUAACGACCUGCCCUUUUUACAAGUGGGGGAUGUGUAUGUACACUUAGUAUUACGGUAAGUGGAUUUGACGCAAUAGCGCACCUCCGUUCACUACCGGAAGAUCAAGCGCAACCUGUGGCGAAGACGCCAAGUCGCGUCGUUGCAGCAUCCGCAUUACCGCCCAACUUGUGAUAUUGGCGCAGCACAUUUAUUUCCUGCGGAUGGGAGGAGCGAUAGUAAAGAUAAGCGAAUUGUUUCGGCUUUCGCGUUGAGAGUUUCGCCGGCGAAGAGCGAAAGGAGGCAGUGGAUCAAACGGAGAGUUUCCCCCAGACAGAUGCGAUUCGUGAAUCUUAUGUUGCUGUAACGUUUACUGGUCUGUGCGAGUGUUUCGCUGCGGAAUAUAGGGAGAUGGAAGCUUGAAUCUGCUGGAACCCAGGCGUGGCUGGUAAAGCGGUGAUGGAGAAGAAGGAACGGUCGCACGCUAUGGCCUCUGAGGCUCACAGAGACGCUUGGCUGGCGAACUCCGGCCACAGCAAGAAGACAGAGCCCAGAAGCAACGAGAAGAAGUGCUCAUGGGCUUCCUAUAUGACCAACUCCCCCACGAUGAUCGUGAUGAUUGGUCUCCCAGCGAGGGGCAAGACCUACAUGUCCAAGAAGCUGACCCGCUACCUCAACUGGAUUGGUGUUCCCACCAAGGUGUUCAACCUGGGCCAGUACCGGCGCGAGGCCGUCAAGUCAUACAAGUCCUACGACUUUUUCCGCCAUGACAAUGAGGAGGCUAUGAAGAUACGGAAACAGUGUGCCCUGGUAGCCCUGAGGGAUGUCAAGGUCUACUUGAAGGAAGACGGAGGUCAGAUUGCUGUUUUUGAUGCCACCAACACUACCAGAGAAAGAAGAGACCUCAUCCUGGGUUUCGCAAAGGAGAACGCAUUUAAGGUGUUUUUUGUGGAGUCUGUGUGUGACGACCCAGAGGUCAUUGCUGCCAAUAUCAUGGAUGUGAAGGUCUCCAGCCCUGACUACCCAGAGCAAAACAGGGAGCGGGUCAUGGAGGAUUUCUUGAAGAGAAUCGAGUGCUACAAGGUCACAUACCAGCCGCUGGAUCCUGAUGAAUAUGACAAGGACAUGUCUUUCAUCAAGGUGAUCAAUGUGGGCUGCCGCUUUCUGGUCAACCGUGUGCAGGACUACAUCCAGAGCAAAAUUGUUUACUACCUGAUGAACAUCCGUGUGCACUCGCACUCCAUCUACCUGUGCCGACACGGCGAGAGUGAGCACAAUUUGCAGGGCCGCAUCGGUGGGGACUCGGGGCUGUCUGCACAUGGGAGGCAGUUUGCACGAGCUCUGCGGGACUUCAUCGAAGAGCAGAAGCUGCCUGACCUGAAGGUGUGGACCAGCCAGCUGAGGAGGACCAUCCAGACGGCCGAGGAGCUGGCUGUGCCUUAUGAACAGUGGAAGAUACUCAAUGAGAUUGACGCAGGCGUGUGUGAAGAGAUGACUUAUGAGAUGAUCCAGGACUCUUUCCCAGAGGAAUUUGCCCUGAGGGACCAAGACAAGUACCACUACCGUUACCCUGGAGGGGAGUCCUACCAGGACCUGGUGCAGCGGCUGGAGCCGGUGAUCAUGGAGCUGGAGAGGCAGGGCAAUGUGCUGGUCAUCUGCCACCAGGCUGUCAUGCGCUGCCUUCUGGCCUACUUCCUGGACAAGAGUGCAGAGGACCUCCCUUACCUUAAGUGUCCUCUCCACGAAGUUCUGAAGCUCACUCCAGUGGCGUAUGGCUGUAAAGUGGACAGGUUUGACUUAAAGGUGGAAGCUGUAAACACUCACCGGGACCGGCCCCUGGAUAAAGUGCGGAAGAACCCCACGCCCACCCUUCAUCGCCGGAACAGUUACACACCCCUGUCCAGUCACGACCAAGUCAAGCGCCCGCGGCUCUACAGCGUUGGCAGCCAUCCUGGGCUUCCCCUUGCUCCCUCCGUGUCGACCCCGCAGUUCCCCAGGGCACCAGAGGGAACAGCGUUGCGGCAAAAUCAACCCCUGACAGCGAGCACCUGUGUGUGAGUGUUCCUCGGGCCCCCAUGUCUGCUGUCGCUCACCAUUUGGUCCAUGGAGGUCCUCAUCAAGAGACAUGUUUUCCAGCUCAGUUUGAGAAGUUGUGGGGCUCCAGCUGUUUUCCCCUUCCUGUUUAAUAAUUGAAUGAAAGCCUUUGUUCCUCCUCCUUUUACAGUCUGCAGGCUGUGUCUGUCCAGUGUUAUCAGACGCCUUCAUAUUGCAGGUCAUUCUUUGUAUAUUGUGUGGUACAAGGGGGCUUGAUCGCACUUGCCAUUGUUCUGCUGCUCUUGUGCAUGAUCACUGUGGUCCUCAUGCUGUGGUGCAGGGCUUUGUUAUUGGACAGGUUCUCCACGUGCCCCACUCAGGUGGUGGUGGUGGUGGUCGUCAAGCCAGUGGUACUGAUGGCGGAGCAUGGAACCAUGUCUAUGCAUUUUUCUUCUCAAGGGGUGCCUUAGCGUCCACCCUGGUGACUAUUUCCGCUUCUGAGUAGAAUCAGGUGGCGAUGCGUCUUGUCUCCUCCUCCUGCCUUUGCCUCUGAUAGCUGAGGUGUCACCCCAAACUCAGCUCAACCUGUCACUCCACCUGUACCCACAAUGCACCAGGAAUGUCUGCGAUUAGAAAUGUGCUUCAGCAGUUGCCAUGUCAAGUACUUUUUGUUCUGGACUGUCAGUAAAAACUAAUGACAUGUUAGUGUCAUUAGCAUAUAUGAUAUAACUGUUUAGAGGGCAAUGGUUAUUUUCAUGUGUCAUAGUCUUAUUCUGAUUUACAAAAUUACCAGUGUAAAUAUGCGUUUCAUUCUGUAUACCUGUGCAUUCACGUGCUGAACGUGUGAGAGAAAAUGAAGACUGACGUCGUCGCAGCUUUUCACACUCCGCAGCUGGAUACGUUUAGAUUAGUGUUAAUAAAUGGCCUUGAAAUAUUUAACAACUUUAAUAUUGCACAAACAGGCCUCGGCACCUUUGAAAGUAUUUCAAAACUUAUUUUGAAAUGUAAGCUGCUAGAAGCAACCUUGAGGAUGUUGAGUCGGGGAAGGAUGUUAUUGUAUCUUUGUCCUUUUCAAGGCUCUUGUAAAUGACACAAAGACACAGGAAGCAAUAUGUUUUUCUUUAAUCACAGUCCACACUCAGCUAAGGAUCAUAGCUGGACGUUGAUGUCACAGCAACACCCCAGAAGCAUGUUCCACUGCGCAAGCAGUUCACGCCUCGAUACAAUAGCGAAUGAACGCCCGUUCCCAUACCGCAUGCCACAGUAAUCUUCAACCAACCCACCGCCACUGGUACUUGCUUCUCGAGCAGCUCACCUUGGCUUUGUAAAAAAAAAUUUUCCGGCCAACGCGUGACAAGUGUGAACAGGUUGGUGAAGUUCGACACACCUCAGAAGUUAUGUGUUCUCCGAUACUGUAUGGAAGAUGAUGAAUAUGGACACCACCACCCAUGUACUCGCUCUCCACGGAUUGCCGUAAUUGCGAUGUAAUUAGUACUGUACUGUAAUUACUGAACACCGAGAUGGAAUUUGGAAUUGUAAAUGAUAACAUUUGGAACAGUGUGGCAUAGUUUGCAUGUUAUAUUUCAUUCAUAUA